GGAAUCUCCUACCUUCGAGGUAAGGGCAGAUGCAAUCAGACGGCUGGGCCUGUGUGUACGCGCAACGUGGCUGGGACUAUCUUUUAUUUAUUUGAUGCUUGGGAUGGAGCACGCGUCCCUUUGUUGCCCCGGAUCCGCGGUCCCGAUGCCGUGCGUCUGCUCCGCCGCGUGCCCGCAUGCAGACUGGAGGCAGGGCGGCCGGUGUCCCCCGCCCUCCCCGCCUCUUCCCCCCCCCCCUCCUCUUCCUCCAUUGCGGUGAUUUACCGGACCGCUCUGGUGUCAGCCUGCCUCGCGCACGCUGCUGAGCGCGCGCGCACAGCCACAGACCACACAGACAGACAGGCCUGCGUGUGCGCCGCGCGAGGACUUGAGGAGCUUAAACUUAACGAAGCAACGUGGAGCAGACAAACACCUGAUGGACCAUUCCGCUGGAAGAAUUACUCAGAGAAGCUGGACACAACUAUAUCAACCAUGUACCGUGAUACGCAGUCCACUGAUGAUGGAUCAGAUGCUGGCUCAGAGUGGCAGCCAAACCACUGUGCCUGCCCGGCCAAUAUUGUUGGACAAAUCGACUGUUCCUAGAGGACGAAUGCUUCCAGUUUGCCAGGAUCAAUUUCUCUCUGCAUCAUUUCAGUUCAUGGAAAAUAACUGGAUAAACCAACGUUCUGCUUUCAUAAACCUCACUUCAUCUACAAACGCACCCCCAACUAUGAGCCAGACUUUGCGGCAGGUGGGCUUACACUUUUCGUCCAGCCAAAUGCAUUGGGACGUCGCCUUUCGUCAAUCGGUUCAUUUUUCUCAAGACGACAGUGCACCUGAAAUUAAUGCUGAAAAAGUUUUGACUUCUAAAGAGUUAAAGGAGACAGAUUCAGCCCAAAUAGGCACAUCUGACAGUUGUUUGGCCAAAGAUUUAAAACAAAUAUUUAGUGCAACAUCGUGUUCUGGUGAUCCGACACCUGGAAAUGUGACUCCGGCAUCAAAAGCCUUUACCUGUGAGAGUCCUGUUCAGUGUGAUGUGGUUAGUUCCUUAUGGUUGGAUCUGUUUUUGGAUGGCAACAGUAACAUGUGCAGCCAUGAUACUGAUCUUGAAGAUGCUGUUGUUACACCUUAAACAAAUCACUUAACCUUAUUACUAAUCAUACCUAGUGCGUAAUAAUUGCAUUUAUGAAUUGAUUUAGGCACUUUUCUGUUGUUUGUUCCCAGAAAAAAGCUGUAACAGCGUUGGCAUUCAAACUUAAGAUACAAGAUGUUAAAUACAGUCACAAGGUAUGCAAUAAAUAUCUUUAUAUUGUAUGUAUGAAAGUACAAGAAUUACUUUUGGUGGCAGUCGGAGGUUCCUGCAGAAUAAUUUAGUGUCCACUUAAUUUUUUUUCUGGUCGCUCAGAAUUCUUGCCGCAAAGUAUUUGAAUGUUUGGAGUUGUCUUCAUUUCUGUUUUAGUCUUUUUCAUGCAUGCCCAAAGAGAUUUUUUUAUUUUGACUGGGAAAAUAAAUCUGAGAGCAUUGUGGGAAAUCAGUGGACUGCUAUUUCUGUCCUGUAAGAAAAAUAAAAGCUUUUGUGUUUCUCAUUUGGCAAGGUUUGUUUGUGUGUUGUUCCUCUGUCAAAAAAGGUUAAAUCUGUCUUUCAUUCACACCAGGCAUGUUUUGUUCUCCAAAUACAUUAAAUAAAAACUGAAGGCCA